AUGAAGUCCAUAUCCCUAACCACGGUUGCGUGGACGUUCCUAUCUCUAAACGCCGGAUACACAUUUGCCGCGGAUAUACUCAAAAACAACGGAUUUUCCACUUGUCUUGAUAACAGUGAUAUCAAGGUCCAGCGGUUAGAUUUUGUACUUGACCGCGCUGCCAAAACCAUCACAUAUGACAUCUUAGGGACAAACGGCAAAACACAGAAUGUCACUGUAGACAUUACCAUCGAUGCAUAUGGGCAGAUAUUCAAACAGCACCUUGAUCCUUGCCAGGGUGACACUUUCGUAGCGGAGCUCUGUCCCGUACCUGCCGGUAGUUUUGGCGCCAAAGGCCAGCAAACGAUCUCCGACAAGUUUGGAGACAAGAUUCCGACCAUUGCCUUUAAUGUGCCAGACUUGGAAGCGCAGGCUACUGUGAAACUAACUGGAAAAGACGGCGGUAACGAGCUCACAUGUGUUCAAUCGACUGUUGGAAAUGGAAAAACCCUAAACUCCCCCACGGUAUCGUAUGUGGCUGUGGGCAUUUCUGGUGCUGCCCUGGCCGUCUCUGGUAUCGGUGCUGCCGGCGCUAUUGCUCACCCAGGCGCUCCUGGCGCAAGUCCAUCAUUCGGCCAGGUUAUAGGUGUCUUUCAGGCUUUUGCGUUGAACGGGAUGCUCAGCGUAGAAUAUCCUGCUGCGUACAAAAGCUUUACCAAGAACUUCGGCUUCAGUUUGGGCCUUAUUCCCUGGACUCAGCUGCAGGAAUCCAUCGACAGUUUCCGCAACCAUACAGGCGGAAACCUCACCGAAAACAGUGUUAGUUAUCUCCGAAGUGCAACCCAAAUGCAAAACAAUGCCACCAAUACCACUGAAAAACGCUCAAUCAGUCUCGUAUCCCGCCAUGUUCAGCUUCUUGCCCGUGAUUUUCAAGAGGAAGUCAACAAUCAAGUCAGCGGAAUCAAGAAGAGUGUUGAGGAACUCUCCAUCCCAGCAGCCAAUACGUUUAUGACAGUCCUGUUGAUCUUUGCCAUUGUCAUCGCUGCCAUCGCUGCGGGCAUUUUGCUGGGAAAAGUCAUCCUGGAACUCUGGGCACUCUACUCCACGUUUCCGGAACGUUUGUCAAACUUCCGAAAACAUUACUGGGGUUUCCUUGCGCGAACAAUCACCAACUUGAUUCUUCUUCUUUACGGGGUUUGGACUCUCUACUGCAUCUUCCAGUUCACGCGUGGUGAUUCAUGGGCAGCGAAAGCCCUUGCAGCAACAACACUUACCCUCUUCACAGGUGUUCUUGGAUACUUCACUUUCCGCAUCUGGUCCCUUGCCCGGCGUCUUAAGAAGACCGAGGGAACUGCUUCGGCUCUGUAUGAAGACAAGGAAGCUUGGCGCAAGUACAGCCUCUUUUACGACCAUUACAAGAAGGAUUACUGGUGGAUCUUUGUGCCUGUUAUCGUCUACCUUUUUGUUCGUGGCUGUGUGAUUGCUGGCGGAGAUGGACAUGGCCUCGUACAGUCUGCUGGUCAGUUCAUUGUCGAGGCUCUCAUGCUUAUUCUCUUGCUGUGGACUAGACCAUUCGAGACAAAGUCUGGUCAAUGGAUCAACAUCUCAAUUCAGGUUGUCCGAGUGUUGUCCAUUGGAUGCAUCAUAGUCUUCGUCGACGAGUUCGGCAUCUCAAAGACAACCAAGACCGUGACUGGUGUUGCACUUGUUGCAGUCCAGACAACUCUUGCCGUCGUCCUAGGCAUCCUUAUAGUUGUCAAUGGCGUAAUGGCUCUGUUUGGCAAAAACCCACACCAGGAGCGUCAUAAGGAGAAGCAAAACAUCGACAGAGAUCUAGAUAACCUUACCCCGUUGGAUCCCCGGGAUUCAAUCCUGCUCAGAUCCAAAGGCCAUGGAUAUGCACACGACGAAGAAGCUGGCAAGCUAAACUAUGUCUCUCGAUACGAGUCUUACCACGAUGCACCGCCAUCAAAACCAAAGCAUGGCUACAGUGAGAGUACAGACCGGCUGGUUCAACAUCGUGGCGUAAGCCCCGAAAGGCCUCGAAGCGCCGGAAGCGAUGUAUCAUUUACGAACCACCCACACCAACAGAAUCAGUCCUUGUUGCAUUAA